CGUGCGGCAAUUUGAUCGAUAAUAUGAUAAUGAACAAAUGCUUCGAAUAUGAAAUGAAAUGACAAUAUGACCAUUGGCACACCACUGUAGGGAACAAAAAAUUAAUGAAGUGUAUUCAAUGAAGUGCAGAAGAAACGGCGAGCAAAACAAACCCUAAGCUUUUCAUGUGAAGUUGUUAGGUGAAGUGACAUAAACCACGUGGGUGGAUUGUUUAUCUAUGUACUAACACACAUGGUACAACGAUAAAGAACCACUUUGGUUUGAUUUUUGAUUGUAUAGGGAGUUACAGAAUGGAAGAGCUAGCUGAAGAGUUAUACAGGUGUCUUCAUAAAAAGUUUAAUGGAAAUCAUAUUUACAAGAAGUCGAAAUUUGUGAUGCACGUGAAGAAGAACGGCUGCAGGGACGUCCCGGCGGAGGUGCUACGCGACGGCCUGCUGUCGGUGGCCAAGCUGCUGCUCGCGCCGCCCCACACGCUGGCGGUGGCCGCCAGGUUCCCGUACCUGCUGGUGGAGCUGCUGUCGCUGGCCACGCUCGACCUGGAGGAGGGGCUGUCCGCCCCCCAGCGGGACCUGAAGCACCAGCAGGAGCUCGUGGCCCUCGCCAAGCUGUCCCGGGUGCACCCGGACGCCCUCAAGUUUUCACUUCAUUACUUUGAGAUGAGGACCCCGAAGCUAGAGGCGCCUGCGGCCGGGGUGUCCAGCGGGGUGGCGUGGAUCAGCGCGGUGGCACCCCUGGACAUCAUACAGGCCUGCCACCUGUUCCUUCAGUCGGCGCCGUCGCACUUCCGCCGGCUGUGGGACUGGCCGGAGAUAGUGUCGCGCUACCUGCCGCAGGGCUCCAUGCUCACAUGGCUCAGCGUCCAGUGCGCGGCCGCGGUACUCCACAUGAGCGCGGCAGAGAGCGGCCGGUUGGCCGCGCGGCACCUGUCCGCCCGGGAGCAGCGGGACUGCGCGCUCGCCUGCGAGGCCCUGCGCGAGGAGCUGGGGGCGGCCCUAGCCGCGCCCGGCCGCGUCCCGCCGGCGCUGGAGGCUGCGGUGGGCCCAUGCGCGGGGCUGCGCUACGUGGUUCCCGUGGCCGGCGUGCUGCUGCCGGUCCUGCCCGGCCGAGGGGCCGGCGAACUGUUCCUGCACGUGGUGCCGACCACGAGGAGCAACCUGCGCCGCCUGGCGGUGGCCGUCGCCAGCGGGAAGGCGGUGUGUCUGGCGGGCCCCGUCGGCAGCGGCAAGACUGAGCUGGUGGAGCAGCUGGCUCGUCUUACAGGAAGAGACAGCUCCGUUUUCGUGAAACUGCAGAUGAGUGAGGAGAUGGACAGCAAGUUGCUGGUUGGGACGUACACGACCACCAGCACGCUGGGAGAGUUCAAGUGGGCGCCGGGGAUUCUCACCACGGCGCUGACGAAGGGCCAGUGGCUGCUGGUCGAAGACAUCGACCAGGCGAGUCCGGACGUGGCGGCCGUGCUGUCGUCCGUGCUGGAGCAGGGCUCCUUGCUGGUGCCAGGCUGCGCGCAGCCCGUUCAAGCGGCGGCCGGCUUCCACUUGUUCUUCACCCAGAGAAGUAGCAGUCGGCGGUACGCAUCUGUAACAAAUCUUUUGAAGGAGCAGUGGUUGCAAAUAGCCAUUCAUCCCCUCACCAAAAAAGAGCUGUUAACUGUUGUGAAGGCGAAGUUCCCAUUGCUGGAGAAAUGGGCCUCUCGCAUUGUGCGAAUAUACUUGCUGUUCUCCGAUGGGAAUCAUCACUACCGUGAUGGUGAGGCUGAGGAACAAGUGGUUCUAACCAAGUUUCGUAGAAGCCACAAUGCAAGACACAUAUCCACUAGGGACUUGAUGAAGUAUUGCCAGCGCAUUGAAGAGUGUGAAGAACAGGUGCUCUUCAGACAUGCAGUAGACAUAUUUUGCUCUAACAUAGCAGACAAAAAUACAAGAGUGAAGUUGGCUGUUGAAAUAGGAUUCGUCUUGGGUCUGGCAGAAAACAUUUCAUACCAAUUGUGCGUCGAGAGAGUGCCGCACUUUGAAAUGAUGCAGUCGGAGCUUCAGAUUGGUGCCGUGAGCUUGGACGUAUCCCACGUGGCCAUCUCAAGCAGUUGCGGGCGGAGGUUCUCGUGGACGCUGCCGGCGGCGGCGGUGAUGGAGACCAUGGCGUGCAGCGUGCGUGCCGGGGACCCCGUGCUGCUGGUGGGGGAGACGGCCACGGGCAAGACCCUGAUGGUGCAGCAUCUCGCGGAGCUCACCGGCAACAAGGUGGUGGUGGUCAACUUGAGCCAGCAGAGCGACCCGGCGGAUCUCCUGGGCGGGUACAAGCCAGUGAACGUGUUUUGGUCACUGCACAGCGAAUUCGAAGCUCUUCUGGAAUGUUGCUCGGAUCGCAAGACCGCAGGUGUGGUGGCAGCAGCGAGGAAGUUCUUCGCCGCCCGCAACUGGUCGACGUGGCUGUGCCUGCUCUCGAGGAUCAGCUCGUCCGCCCUGCAGCGCCAGGGGAGCCGCGCGGGGCCCGUGCCGGACGGCGCAGCGCAGCUGUCGGAGGCGCGCUGGCUCGCGCUGCACGCCCGGCUGCAGCAGGUGGACAAGCUCGUGAGGAGCAAGAGGCUUCCCUCGCUCAACUUCGUGGAAGGAGUCUUGGUGAAGGCCGUCACCGAGGGACACUGGAUACUGCUGGACGAGAUCAACAUGGCGACGCCGGAGACGCUGCACUGCCUCGGCAGCCUGCUGGAGAGCGGGACCUCGUCCCUGCAGCUGCUGGAGCGGGGGGACCAGGCGUGCGUGGAGCGUCACCCGCGGUUCCGCCUGCUGGGCUGCAUGAACCCCUCCACCGACGUGGGCAAGAGGGAGCUGCCCCAGGGCCUCCGCAGCAGGUUCACAGAAAUAUACGUGGACGAGAUGCUGGAUCCCGUGGCGCUCAUCUCGCUGGUGCAGUGCUACCUGCAGCCGCUGGGCUUCGCCCCGGCCCUGCUGCAGCGGCUGGUCAAGUUCUACCUGUCGCUGCGCUCGGGCGCCAGCGGCCUGGCUGACGGGACCGGCCGCAAGCCCCAUUACAGCCUCCGGACGCUGUGCAGGGCUCUGAGCAUAGCCGCGGAAAACAAGUGCGGGCACGCGAAACAGUCGCUCUUUGAGGGACUGUGCAUUGCUUUCCUCACACAGUUGAGAAGAAGCAGCUACGUUCCUGUCGAGGACAAGAUUCACAGGCUUGUGUUUGGCUCGAAGCAUCCCAAAGGACCGCAAGUGGCGCUACCGAAGCCGAGUGAUGAGCCAGCAGUGCUUGUCGAAGGAUACUGGGUAGCGCAGGGAACACUAAGCAUCACCACACCACAGUCCAAGUACGUGCUGACAGAGACGGUGAGGGCCAACCUGAGGGAGCUGGCGCGGGCCGUGUCGCUGGCCGGCUGCCCUGUGCUUCUGCAGGGCCCCACGUCCGUGGGCAAGACCAGCCUGGUGGCGCACCUCGCCGCCGGCACGGGGAACAGCUGCGUGCGCGUCAACAACCACGAGCACACGGACCUGCAGGAGUACGUGGGCACGCACGCCACGGACGACAGCGGCCAGCUCGUCUUCCAGCACGGUGUGCUGGUGGAAGCCAUGAAGAAAGGUCACUGGCUAAUUCUAGACGAGUUGAACUUGGCUCCCUCGGACGUGCUCGAAGCAUUGAACAGACUGCUGGAUGACAACCGAGAGUUGUACAUCACCGAAACACAGGAGGUUAUCAAAGCUCACAAGAACUUUCGCAUAUUUGCCACACAGAAUCCUCCUGGUGUGUAUGGCGGGAGGAAGGUGCUGUCUCGAGCGUUCAGGAACAGGUUCGUGGAACUGCACUUUGACUCAAUCCCAGCAAGCGAACUGCAGGUGAUCCUGCACGAGUGCUGCAGCGUGCCUCCCAGCUGCUGCCGGAGCCUCGUGUCUGUCAUGAACAAGCUGCAGCUGCUGCGGAGGGGCAGCGCCACCUUCGCGGGCCGGCAGGGCUUCAUGACCCUGCGGGACCUGUUCCGCUGGGCCAGGAGGUACCACGUGGCCCCGGGGUUCGCCACGCCCACCUUCUACGACUGGGACCAGCACAUGGCGGAGGAGGGCUACCUGCUGCUGGCGGGCCGGGUGCGUCGGCCCGAGGAGCGCGCCCAGAUACGGGACGCCGUCCAGCAGGUCUUCAGGCGAGCCGUGCGGCCCGACAGCCUGUUCGACCUGACUGCCGACACAUCGUUGGUGACCCGCCACAUCCUGCAGAAGCUGACGUGUGUGCCUGCGGGGAAGGACCUGGUGUGGACUCGGAGCAUGCGGCAGAUGGCGGUGCUGGUUUGCAAGGCACACCAGUACGACGAGCCGGUGCUGCUGGUCGGAGGGACGGGCUGUGGCAAAACCACCCUCUGCGAGAAGAUGGCCGCCAUCAACGGCCAGCGCUUGUACACCAUCAACUGCCACAUGAACAGCGAAAGUUCAGAUUUUCUCGGAGGUUUGCGUCCGACCCGAGACCGCUCUCAGGACAAGCAGAUGGCGAUGUUUGAGUGGGUGGAUGGCCCUUUGGUUCUGGCGAUGAAAGAGGGAGGCAUGUUCCUCGCAGACGAGAUCUCUCUUGCUGAAGACAGUGUUCUCGAGAGGCUAAACCCGUUACUUGAGCCGGAGCGAGUGCUGCUGCUCUCCGAGAAGGGCUCCAGUGAACCUGGAACAUUGUCGGUGAAGGCCCAUCCUCGGUUCCAGUUUGUCGGCACCAUGAACCCUGGAGGAGACUUCGGCAAGAAGGAGUUGUCGCCCGCUUUGCGCAACAGGUUUACGGAAAUUUGGUGCGAGCCCUUCUCCGAUCGCAAAGACCUGGAGGACAUCAUAUGUUUCUACCUUUGCCUCGAUGCACGGCUGAAGGGUGAAAUGGCGUGGAAUAUUCUGGAGUUCAUAGAGUGGUACAAGUCGGAGCCUCUGGCUUCAAAGGUGACGGUGAGCAUUCGCGACAUCCUCACGUGGGUGAGCUUCAUGAACAGGGCGCUGGAGAGCGGCAGUCUGCCGGCCCACCUGGCCUUCGUGCACGGCGGCAUGAUGACUCUGGUGAACGGGAUGUGCGUGGGAGACACGGGGAGCUUGCGGGUUAUCGAAUCUGAAGACUUCGAAACAAAAGCCUUGCACAAAUUUAAAGAAAUCCUCAAGCUAGAAGCUGACAUUGAAUUAGUUCCCAAGAAGCUUCACAACUUCAUUCAUUCGUCAGACAGAAUGUUUGGCCUGGGUGAUUUUCUAAUAGAAAAAGGUGACGCGGUGGACUGCCGUGCAGAGCGAGCGUUUGUGUUCACGACGCCCCAGACCUGCGAGGCGGCGCUGCACGUGCUGCGCUCCAUGCAGCUGCACAGACCCGUCCUGCUGGAAGGCAGCCCCGGGGUCGGCAAGACCGCCUUGGUCCAGGCCCUCGCCAGCUGCGCCGGCUUCAAGCUGGUCAGGAUAAACCUGUCCGAGCAGACGGAUGUGUCGGACUUGUUCGGCGCUGACUUGCCGGUGGAGGGCGGGGAACCGGGCCAGUUUGCGUGGCAUGACGGACCGUUCCUGCAAGCUCUGAAGGCGGGCGAUUGGAUACUUCUCGACGAGCUUAAUCUUUCCUCCCAGUCAAUACUAGAGGGCCUUAAUGCAUGUCUGGACCACAGAGGAGAAGUGUAUAUUCCAGAACUGGGAAAGACAUUUCACAUCAAGAAAGACUCUACGAGAAUUUUUGCUACCCAGAACCCUAUAGCAGAGGGUGGAGGUCGCAAAGGACUCCCAAAAUCUCUUCUCAAUCGAUUCUUGAAGGUGUACAUCCGGAGACUGCGGCACGACACGUACAGGCACAUCCUGCAGCAGCUGUUCCCCGAGCUGUCCGCGCUGCUGCUGGCCCAGUUCCUGGACUUCGUGCGUCGCCUGCUGGACGACGAGGCGCCGGGGCCCGCGGGCGGCUUCAACCUGCGCGACGCCUGCCGCUGGUGCCGGCUGGUGUCCCGGGACCACCGGGCCCUGGGACCCGUCUCCGCGCUGCCGGGCCCGCCCGACCCCCGCGGGGCCGCCGAGCUCGUCUACUUCGGCCGGAUGCGCUCCGACGACGCUCGCGACAGGGUGAGGGGGCUGUACGACGCCGCGUUCGGGGAGGGGGUUUCCGCCCCAGACUUCCCCGUGCUGCGGGUUGGGAGUGAGGGCCUGCGCGUGGGCGACCACGUGGUGCGUCCCGGCGCGGCGGGGCGUGGCGACGACCACCGCUGCUGCCGCGGGGCGGAGGCAAGGCUCUCCCGCCCUCGUCGCCGGCUGCUGCUGCGGUCCCAGGUUCCCGCGCUGGACGCCCUGCUGAGCUGCGUCACCAUGUCCUGGCACCCCUUGCUGGUUGGUGGUCCUGCUUCUGGCAAAACAAGUGUUGUGCAGUUGAUGGCAGAACUUGUUGGUAUGGAAUUACGGGUGUUGCCAAUGAAUUCUGCAAUGGACACCAUGGAAAUAUUGGGAGGAUUUGAACAAUGGAAUAUACAUCAUCACCUGAGCGACUUGAUAUGCGAAGCUGAUCGCAUUGUUUCCUUCAUAGUGCGGGAGACCAUGGUUGGUCAGAAGAAUGGAAUUGGUGUGAAAGUUUGGGCCCUGGCCAAUGAAUGGUGGUGCAACACCCGGUCUUCCACAGAAGACGGGCGGGCGACUGCGGUGCGGCAGUGCGACGCCACGAGCCAGGUCCUGCGGCGGCUGGUCGCCGAGUGGGAGGCCUGGAACCCCGCGUGCUGCCGCGACCUCGGGGUGGGCGACCUGCUCCGCCGGCUGGAGCAAGUGCGGGCGGAGGCCACGAGGGACGUCUCUGCCGGCGGAGGGAAGUUUGAGUGGGUGGACAGCCUGCUCGUCAAGUGCCUGAAAGACGGGGCUUGGCUGCUGGUGGAGAACGUGAACCUCUGCUCGUCUGCGGUUCUGGACCGCCUGAACGCCCUGUUGGAGCCCGGCGGCACGCUGUCCGUCGACGAGCGCGGCGUGGGGCCCGACAACAAGGUGGUCAGCGUCACGCCGCAUCCCAACUUCCGCGUCUUCUUCACCAUGAACCCCGAGUACGGAGAGGUCUCCAGGGCCAUGAGGAAUCGCUGUGUUGAAAUAUUCAUGAAGCCCAUGUCACAGACGUUGUGUAAACUGGACAGUUUUUCUGUACUGGCGGACUUGGGUCUUCAGUCGCCGUCAGUUUUGUGGAGCAUUCAGCAAGAGAUUGGAUCGUUUGAUAAUUUUGGCCAGCUGACGUGGCUCGCGUACAUGGCCGGUCAGCAAGCGACGCGCGGACUGGACGCGACGCGCGCCCUGAGGGACACGUUGCUGGAGCUGCACGGCGCGGCUCCCGGCCAGACGUCGCGCGGGGAGCUGGAGGGGAGGCUGGCCCCGCUGGUCCGCAGCCCCGGGCCCGUUGCCGAGACCGUCGCGGACUGCGUGGACCUGCGCGCAGCAACGCUCGCGACGGCUGCCCUGAACGACCGGCGUGCCGUGUGCCUGGUGAAGCAGGACUGCGCGCUGCUGGGCGCGCUCCUCGUGGCGCGGCGGCACGGCGUGCCCUUGCUGCCGGGCUUGACCCAGCUCCUCCCCAACGUGAUGGGGGUCGACGUCGCCUGGGUGCAGGAGUGCCAGCCGGCGGAGAUGGCGGCGUUGUUCGUCAUCGCGGCGUUCUUCAGCACCGACGACCGCGACAUGAAGGUGGAGUGGGUGUCCAGGUUGUUCCGGGGGACAGCUAUCGAACACCCUGCCUCGGAGGCCGUCGCCAGCCUCGUUGCCGGAGGUCGCGGUGGGAUGCUGGAUCGUACACUCGAAGAUUCUCUUCACUGGCUUUUGAUGGAAUUGGCAGUCGCCACAUACGAUCAUACGGAUCUUGCGAGUCGGAAACCCAGCGAUGGAACUCUCAGAAUAGUGGAUGCCCCAUCGUAUGCUUGGGUUCUUCAAAAUCAUCCAAUGGUUUCUAAAUGUGGUGAAAUCAUUGAUUUAUUUGAUAAAUACAUGAAGAAAUUACUUCAGUCCGAAAUCGUGAAUCGUGAUCAUGCAGGCAUUUGUGAAGUGGAAAUACUGUUGAAAGCUCUCAUGACAAGGAAUCACUUCUCAGCCGCAGUGUGUACAGUUAUGUAUCGUAUUGAGGAUAACGCAUGGAUGCUUGUCUGGAGUUCUUUGAAGAAGCUUCGUAUCUACUACAAUUGGUUUAGGCAGUAUGCCGUUCAACCAGUUGUUGAUUUCAUUGAUCUCUGGCAAGUGAACGGAGCCAGCGCCGCUGAGCUGCUAGACGGCCUGCCAGACAUAGAGACAGACACCACCAGCGACAGCCUCGCCUCGCUGCAGUGGCACCCUCCCGCCUGGUUCAGUCGAGGCUGGCCGGCCGUGCUGCAGUCCCUCCGGAGAGCGUCAGCUUCACUAAGUUUAUGGGAUGAUAUUACCGACCGUAAAGUUCAUGUACUGAUGGACAAAGAAUACCAAGUAGCUUCGAAGCAUGUUAUCAGUCUAAUCACUGAUUCCAUUGUAGAUAGGAAUCCUUCAAAAGAAGUCGUGGAGGGCGUGCGGCGACUGGUGGAGGCGGCGGGCGGGGAGCGGGCCCCGGGCGACGGUGCCGCCGGCGCCGCCGGCGCCGCCCUGUGGCCGGUCCAGGAACUGCUGUGCGCCAGGCUGUGCUCCCUGCUGAGGAUGGAGCUGCUGAUGGACGCUCGCGGGCACCUGCUCCGCCAGGCGGGCGCCGCCCUCUGCGCCCUGCCCACCGCCCCCCUGCUGCUGAAGGUGCUGGUGCGGGCGCUGGGGAACCCCCACCUGCCCGACGCCCGCUCCCUCCGCGUGGGGUUCGACGUGGCUGCCCUGCUGCUGGACCACGCCAGGGCCUCGCCGGCCCUUUGCUUGUGGCAGCCGGGCGGAGGCGACGCGGGAGAGGCGGCUCCGGCACCUCACCUCCCCGCCCUGGCCGUGCAGUUGAGGCACUUGCUGCAGGGCGGGUCCAGCCGCUUCGCCCUGCCCUCGCUCGGCUCGAGCCAGUCGCACGGCUUGAAGCUGCGCGCCCUGCGCGAGAUGCUCUGGAGGAACAUGGCGUUCUUCACUUCGCCUCGGACAGACGCUUACGCGGUGGAGCGGCAGUGUGUCCUGCUGGCCGUGGGGGGCGUGACCGCCGCGGCCCGGGGGGCGGCGGGGGCGGGCGAGACGGCCGGCCUCAGGGACUGCCUCAGCGAGCUGGACCAGGGGGACGCCCUGUCCUCCGCGGCGGGCUGGGUGGAGUUGGCCGCCGCUCGCCUGGGCAAGGAGCGGAGGGACUGGCAGGCCGUGGGGCUGGCCUGGGUGGGGCUGGGACUCCUGCGGGCCAAGCUCCAGGAGAUGCGCCCCGUGUCCGACUGGGAGAGACGCGAGUCGCUGGCCUCCGCGGCGCGGGAGGUCACGUACUUGUCGAAGCGCCUGUUUGCCCUCGAGUGCUGGAGCCAGGUGAAGAUGUGCAGUAUCCUGUCGUCGUCGAGUCUGCGGCAACACCCUGCGAUACAGGCCAUCAUGAACCAUCUGAGCUCCAGCAAAGCCAAGAAACAAGAACUGGAGGAGACCAUGCCGGAGCGGCCGAGCGAGGAAGAGCUUCAAAAUAUGAGCGAGGCCAGGUCGACGUACCUGACGUCGAUAACGUCCCAUAAAACAAUAGACCGGGUGCUGGAGAAAAUCCUGUGUCGGGCAGAGAACUGUGACAUAGUGGCAGAGCUGGAGCUGGUGCUCGGGUUGAACGAGCGUCACGCCACCCAGCUGAGGAAGUACUCCGACUGGUUCCCCGACUACAUCCACCCGGUGAUGCUCGCCGCCGCGCAGCUCUCUUACGGACUGAGCCUUCUGCGAAGCGUGGAGCGGGAGCGCGCUGCUCCCGAGACGGAGCCAGAUGACGACUACCUGGUGGAUCUGGUCCGCUACCCCCGUCUACAGGAGCAGCGACGGGGCCAUGGUGGACGUGGUCGGCAAUACUUGGACGAAUCGAAGCUGUCCAAGUUGUUGGAGUGCUCUGGGACGCUCUCCAGCGACCUGCGCGGCAGGACUCUGCUCAGGCUCCAUGCUGUGGCCCUGCGCGACGUCCAUAGCGAGGUGGCGCUGAGAGGAGAGCUCGACCCGGACACGUGGCAGUGCGUGCGUGCAGUUUUGAAGCAUGUUGUGGACUUGUGGAGGGGCCAGAGAGUUGAAGCCGAGCGGAAGAAACGAGAGGAAGAGAGUUUGUACACAAGCAGGACGAAGACCCUCUGCGAGAGCGUGAGCGACGACGAGGUGUUCAAGCAGGACUUGCUGCGGUUGUUCCCCAACUCGGAGCUGCAGGACUUCGGGGACCUGCAGUUCGUCCCGGACGCCCGGGAUCCGGCGCCUUCAGGGCAGCCGGCGGUGGACGACGCAGAUGUUGCGCUCGUCACAGAGGAAUAUCUCCACGAGAUACACACCUUGCAUGCACAGAUCGUCAACUACACAGCUUGUAAUUGGCGUGCUGUGUCCGGGAGUACCGAUGAUUCAUCGAAAUUUGAUCAUCUGAAGUCUUGGCUGGAGAGGUGCGAGAUCUUCAACGGCCUGGUGGAAGGUGUUGCUCCGCCGAGAUCCGCGAGCUUGGACAGGGAGCUGUACUCGAGCUACUUGCUGAUGACGUCGGUGGUCUCGGAGCUGGCGGAAGGAGGCACUCUGGGCAGACGCACGUCUGAAGACUUCUACACCGCGUCCAACGUCACAGAGGUUGUGUCCGUCAUCCCGAUCCUCAAGACGCUGAUGCAAGACGUUCAUCGCCUGCUGGCGGAGUGGCCGGAAAACCCCAUCCUUGUGCAGAUACUGACGGUGGCGGAGCGGAUCCUGACGUUCCCCGUGGAGAGCGCGGUGUCGCGCUUCCUCGCGGGCCUGGAACUGCUGCUGCCGCGCGUGGAGGAGUGGGAGGUGAACGCCCACGAGGGCGUGAGCCUGAGCUCCAGCGUGCUGGCCCUCAACGGCCAGAUCCUCGCCUGGAAGAAGCUGGAGCUGGCGUCCUGGCGGGGCCUGCUGUCCGCGGCCGACAAGAGGGCACGGGUGCGAGGCAGCCAGUGGUGGCCGCACAUCUACGAGCUGCUGCACGCUCCGUCCGGCGCUCCGUCCCGGGACGUGUUCCUGGACGUGGUGUGGCGGUUCAUGCACGAGAGCGUGCUGGGGGAGUUUGACACCCGCCUGCAGAUGCUCCUGUGCUUCCACUGCGACGCCGUCGCGAGCCGUCUCGACGAGCAUUUCAUAUUUAUACUCUGGAAUGUGUUCAAGUAUUAUGCCCAGUUCCUUGCUCCAGUGAAGAAAACUAUUGCGGACUUGCGUGCACCAACAGAGAAGAAACUUAAGGACUUGGUAAAAAUAUCCAGUUGGAACUAUUCUAAUGUAGCAGCACUGAAGAAAUCAUUUGAGAAGUCUAAACGUGCCAUCGUUAAACAUGUCAAAGAAUAUGAGGCCGUUCUGAAGCAGCCAGUAUUCCCGGCCGUCACGUUGCCGCAACUGAGUGUAGAGCAGCACUCGAAGACGUUACAAAAGCUCCAAGCCCUGCUGACUGUUGAUACCGAGCUGUAUGUGGCUGUCUCACAUCAGAAAUAUGCAGUUGAUCAGAGCAGUGCGAGCUGCGAGGAACAGUGGUGCAGCAAGUUCAGAGACAUGUGCAGAAACGACAUCCCGGCAAAAGACCACGCAGCUAGGGUCUGUGCCAUUCACGAGUGGUCUGCAGACACGCUUGCUGCGUACGUUCAUCUCUCGCAGCUCCAGGUGGACCGCUCGCUGCCGCUGGAGAAGCAGAGGAGCUGGGCCAAGAGCUCGCUCCAGCAGAGGCGACGGCUGGUGUCCAGCCUGCUGAAGGAGCUGCAGUCGCUGGGGGUGUCGCCGCGGUGGGGGGCGGGCCUCGAGCGCUCCGGCCUCGACCUCAUGUUCCUGCCGGCCGUGGACGCCGCCGCCUCGCUCGGCCGGCUGCCCCGCAGGGCAAUGGACGACCAGCUGGCGGCAAUGUGGGCAGAAAGUGAGCCGAUGUUCCACCAGAAUAUCGCCAGGCUGGGAACGCUCAGGCAAGCCCUGAACAAUCCGUCCAAGGACAUAGAACAUCAUCUGAUUGGCAGGAUGAGAGGCUGCACAUCUCACCUCAUGCACGUCGCAGAGCAGGAGAGAGUGAAGUUUGAAGCCAGCCUGCGAUCGCUGUGCUUGCUGAGGUUCUGCACCUGGCAGCUGACGUGUGUAUGCGAUGCCACGUCGACGACUCCCAGCCACAAGUGCCAGGCGGAGGUGAAGAAAGUCGCGGCGAGGGUGAGCACUCACUUGACUCAGCUCUCGCACGUGUUCGACUCCUACCCGAAGUCGUCCUGCUCGGAGGAAGCCGGCGAGGUCAUGGACGGCUCCAGCGUGUUUCUGCGCCCGCUCCUCGUGUUCGGGACGGGUCCCGCUCCGGCCGCGGAGGAGCUGGCCGCGUGCAGCCGGGCGAAGGCUGCUCUCGACGGGAAGGCGGGCCUCCUCGCGGAGAAGUUGCGGUCGCUGAACCGGAGCGUGGCGUACGAACCACAACUCGCGGAGGUGCGACCAGGUGACGCCGAUCACUACCGGUUCCUACUGUCUCCAGAGACGCAGCGGGACAUCGACGGAUUGCACGAGCAGCUGCUCCAAGUUGGCGAGAUGGUGAAAGAUCUGUGCCGGGGCGAGUGCGGGUGGUUUUCGGAAACGCCUCUCGCCGAGUGCAUGUCGUCUUUCUCCGAGAGCCUGAUCCGGCACGUCGAGAGUGGCGCCACCGCCACGGACGAGCUCCCGGUGAGCGCGCGCACGAGGAAGUCACGAGGAGGUCUGGUGGCGUUCUCCGAGGGGAUAUUGACGAAGGUGCUGGACGGUUUGAGAGACGACGCGUCAGGGGAGCAGGAUGCGGAGAACAUGUUGAAGAUGCUGGAGAGGUUGGACGACGCCCACGAAGCCCUGUGUGUGGACAGAGUGCUCGAAGAUCUCAGCCUGUCGCUGUCUCGUUUCUGGCUUGGCACAGAGCCUUUGCAGGCGGACAAGAUGCGUCUCGGCUCGCUGGUCCCGCUCCUGGAGCAGUUUGCGUGCCUGUGCCAGCUGCUGCUCGUGAUGAGACUGUCCGUGAGCCAGGCCGUCGACGGAGUGCUGGCCACCGUGCUGACCGUCUUCGAGGAGCUCGCUCGCAAGGGGUACCAGAUCCCGGAGGAGCUGAUGCCAGACGAGGACGGCCAAGGGGACGGGCGCACCGGCCAGGGGGGCCUGGGCCUGGGCGACGGGGAGGGCCAGCAGGACGUGUCCGACCGGAUAGAGUCGGAGGACCAGCUGGAGGAGGCCCGGCCCACCGGGGAGGAGCCCCGGGAGGACCCCGACCAGCGGUGUCCCGAGGAAAAUGAAAACGCCAUCGAAAUGUCAGAAGACUUUGGCGGUGAAGUUGGUGAGGCCAAAGAAGCCACGGAUGACGAGGAAGGCCCAGAGAAGUCUGAUGGCGAGAAUGCAGAUGACGAAAUGGGCUCCGCUAGUGACAACGAACAAGACAAGCCUUACUGGGGAAGCGACCAGUCCGGCGACGAAGAGGGCGACGAGGAAGACGGCCGGGGGCAGGAGCAGGGCAAGGAGAAGACGCGGGUCGGCGCGAAGGACGACGAGUCGCCCCAGGACAGGGAGCAGCAGCAGAGGGACGAGGAAGUGGAGGACAUGGACGACGGGGAAGAAGCGCAGGACCAAGUGGAUCCCUACCACGGCAACAUGGAACCCCCGCCGGAGCCAGAGCCCCUGGAGAUGCCGGAAGACCUCCGCCUGGACGACGGAGAGGCCGGCGACGAUCAGAACGGAGAGGAUGAGGCGAACCCCUUCGACAUCGACGAGAUGAAAGAAGUGGAGGGGCAGGACAAGGAUCAGCAGGGGGAGGAGCAGGACUCCCAGGGAGAGGAGAACGAAGGCUCCGAGGAAGCCACAAACGCGAGCGAUGAGGAACACCAGCAGCCGCCCGAGGAGGGGAGCGCGAGAGAGGGCGGAGCGGGAGGCGAGGAGGAGGAGAAGGCAGAUGAAGGAGAGGCAGACCUGGAUGAGGAGCUGGCGGAAAACAGCAAGGAACAGACGAAUGCCGGAGAGGAGGCGAUGGAUGCCGACGGUGGAGCACAAGACCAGGCCACCGCGAACCCGGAGGCCCAGGACGAGGGGGCGCUGGAGGCAGACAGCAGGAACGAGGAGGCGGGGGUGGGGCGGGCGGAGCAAGCCAGCGACAACUCGGGCCACCAAGGGGAGGAGUCCCAGCGACAGGCGACCAGGAGCGACAGUCUGUCGGCAGAUCCUCGGCAGGCGCGGUCCAGGCAGCGGCCCCGCGAGAGCCAGCACAGGACGCUCGGGAGCGCGGAGGAGCCGGUGUCGAAGAGACUGAAGACCAUCGAAGCGGAGGAGCGAGAGGCGGACGAGAGGACGGACGCUGCAGACGAAGGGGACGCCAGCGAAGAGACGGCUGCCCGUCAGGACCAGUUGUACCAACACGUGGACGACGCGGAGCGCGACCAGGACACCCAGGCGCUGGAUGCAGCGACAGAGGAGCAGGCUCGGGAGAGGGAGUGGCGGGACAUGGACCUGGCGGAGGAAGACGAGGCGCCUGAAGAAGAGGCGUGUCCGGAACUGAAAGAUGAAGAGGUUGUAGAAAACCAGCAUCCAAACAGCAAGAGGAAGCAGAAGGCAAACGCGCAGGAGACAUCGCAUGAUCAGGAACAGGAGGCGAACGACAAGACCAAAGUGGCGGGAGAGAUCGUGCCCACGCUGUCUGCAGAGAGAUUCGAGGGUGUGAUAUCGCAGGGCAUGGUGACCUCUUUGGUGUCGGGAGACAGGAGUGUGCCGGAAGAGCAGGCGUCCGAGUUGCGGGAGGUGUUACUGGAGCAACUGGCAUCGUGGACAGAGACGCUGAGCGAUGACGAGGCCAGGAUGGCGUGGGGCGGAAUGUGCUAUCUCACGGGCUCGCUGGCUCAGGAGUUGAGCGAGCAGCUGCGCAUGAUCCUGGAGCCGACUCGAGCUUGCCGGCUCAAGGGCGACUACAAGUCGGGGCGCCGUAUCAACAUGCGCAAGGUGAUACCGUACAUUGCCAGUGGCUUCCGAAAGGAUAAGAUCUGGCUCAGGAGAACGAAGCUCUCCAAGAGAGAAUACCAGAUAUUGCUGGCGAUAGAUGACUCCCAGAGCAUGCGGGACAACCGUUCGAAAGAACUGGCGUUUGAGUCGCUGGCGCUGGUGAGUCAGGCGCUGGUCCUGCUGGAGGCCGGGCGGCUCGGCGUAGUGAGCUUCGGUGAGGAGCCCGUGCUGCUGCACCCCCUCAGCGAGCCCUUCACCGACGCCAGCGGCGCGGGGCUGGUGCAGAGGCUGGAGUUCAAGCAAGCGCGCACGCGGGUGGGCAAGCUGGUGGAGUUUGCGACGUGCGUGUUCGGCACCCAGCAGUCCGCCACGGAGCGCUCCCAGCUGCUGAUCGUCAUCUCGGACGGCCGCGGCGUGGACAGCGAGGGUCCGGACGUCGUGCGCAACGCCAUCCAGCAAGCACAGGAGAACAACAUCUUCAUAGUGUACAUCAUAGUCGACAGCCCUCAGGAGAGCAUAUUGGACGUGUGCUCGGCCGUGUUCGAGGGCUCCCGGCCGCGCCUGACGCCGUACAUGGAGACCUUCCCCUUCCCGUUCUACCUGGUGCUCAAGGACAUCAGCCAGCUGCCGCUCGUGUUGAGCGACGCCCUGCGGCAGUGGUUCGAGCUCGUAGCGAGCAUCGAGGCGUGAGCCGCACUCCUGCCACUCCAACGCUGUAAAUGUUGUAAAUAAAGUGUUUUGGUCUGUU